AUGAUACCCUGUACUUCCGCUGACAAUCUUUCAUAUUAUUUUCCUCACCAUUGUGUUGUCAAAGAUGACAGUGGAACUACUAAAAUUAGAGUUGUAUUUGACGGAUCCUCAAAAGGCUCUAAUAACCUUAGCUUAAAUGAUGUUUUAUUGCCAGGUCCAAAACUCCAAAACGAUAUUGUUACCAUUUUGUUAACCUUUAGAUUUUUCCCCAUUGUGUUUAGCACCGAUAUUCGCCAAAUGUAUAGAAUGAUCGGCAUCCAUGAACAAGAUUUAAAAUACCAAAAGAUUUUAUGGAGGUUUGAUCCUUCAAACCCUAUUCAAGAAUAUACCUUGUGUACUGUCACUUAUGGUCUAAAUUGUAGUCCAUAUUUGGCAAUCCGAACCUUACACCAAUUAGCCAAGGAUUAUGGAGAAGAAUUCCCCCUUGCUCGUGACAUUCUUUUAAAGUCAACUUACGUGGAUGAUAUAAUUGGUCUUGGUCAUUCAGUUAAAGGAAUCUUAGAACUUCAGAAGCAAUUAACAGAUUUACUCUUUUGCGGUGGGUUUGAGCUUCGAAAGUGGACCUCUAAUUGUAAGGAGUUGUUAUCCCUAGUGCCUGAAUCACAUCAACACAAUAUCUCCUUUAAUGACAAUGCCAAUUGUAUCUUAAAAAUUCUGGGGUUACAGUGGAACCCAGUGUUAGAUGUAUUUUCCUAUUCAGUAAAACCAAUCGCGCGUGAGUGCACCAAAAGAGUUAUCUUGUCCGAAAUAGCCAAGAUUUAUGAUCCGUUAGGGUUUGUAGCUCCAGUUGUAUUAGUUGCCAAGUGCCUUAUUCAGCGUCUUUGGAUUCAAGGCGUUGGAUGGGAUGAAGUUCCUACUUCAGAUGUCGUUAGCCAAUGGCAAGUGUAUGUCUCCCAACUUCCUUUAUUAUCCUCAUUUGCGAUUCCACGUCACGUAACUAUUUCUGAUGCUGUUUGCACUGAAUUACAUGGUUAUUGUGAUGCAUCCUUGUUAGCCUAUGGUGGUGUCUUAUACAUGAGACAAAUUGAUUCUGAAGGUAACGUACAUGUAAAUUUACUAUGCGCAAAAAGUAAGGUGUGUCCUUUAAAGGUUCUAUCCGUUCCCCGAUUGGAGACAUGUGCAGCCUUGCUUCUUUCCAAUUUGAUGCAUUUUGUGAUUACCAAUUCUCCCAUUAAAUUUGACAGAAUCUAUGCUUGGUCUGACUCCAGUGUAGCCUUGUAUUGGAUUAAAAGUCAUCCUUCCCGGCUUAAGACUUUUGUAGCCAAUCGUGUUCAGCAGACCCAAGAUAGAAUUCCUCCCAAUAGGUGGUUUCACAUCAGUGGUGUAGGAAACCCUGCUGAUUGCCUUUCUUGUAGUUUGUUGCCCAAGCAAUUGCUUGACCAUCCGUUAUGGUUCAAUGGCCCCCCAUGGUUAAAGUUGUCUCACGAACUCUGGCCAACCCCUUUAGAGUUCGACAAAGGAUAA